AAAAGUAUAUUCCGAAAGGAAAAAAUUUAUGAGCAAAAUUAACAAUCAGAUAUAUGUAUAAUUCAUGGCUUUGAUCAGAUUCCUUAAUCUUAGCGUACUUACAAGAAUAAUUUCAAGUAUCCAAUGGAGGGAGAGAUCAUCAAAUCCUCGGUUGAUUAAACAUUAGAAUUUGCACCUCAUCUGUUCGCCUGAUAAUUUGGAGUUAUAAAAUUGGUAGGAGUAAGUUCCAAUAAGAUGUUAAAGCAGACAAAAUAAUGUAUCCGCAUAAAGUGAGUACAUUGACAUCCUAAAAUUUAUUAAAUAGUUGAUGUCUUUUAACUAGAAACAAAGAAGCAGCAUGACAUUCAGCGUUAGGUUUUGGACGAGACUGAACUGCAAGGGUUCAAUAUUGGCAGCAAAGACUCAAUCUAAUAUGUAAAAUAAAGAGCAGCUUUGCAUUCAUCUAAAUAUAUAAAAUGCAAAGUUGCUUGACAAGUAUAGUAUUUACAAUAGUAGACGCAAAUACAGUUUAUAUUGA